AUAUAAAUGCAUGUAAAAUUAUAAUUUGAAACUUCAUUUUAAAAUAGAAAUUCUAUUUUAAAGCUCUUUAAACUGAUUUAUAAUAAAUUAUUCAUUAGCUCUCAAAAUUAAAUAUUUUCUUAGCCGUGAUUCGUAACUAUGGAAACCUGCUUGUCGAAAUGUCUGGUAUUGUUCCUGAUGGUAUAGUCGGCUUUUUCACAAGUUACACGUACAUGGAAGCGGUUGUGGCUACUUGGUAUGAGCAGGGAAUUAUUGAUAAUAUUUUAAAGCGUAAGUUAUUGUUUAUGGAAACCCAAGACUCUGGUGAAACAAGCUUGGCUUUAUUGAAUUAUGUGAAGGCAUGCGAAAAUGGUAGAGGAGCAGUUCUUCUCUCUGUUGCUAGAGGAAAAGUCUCUGAAGGAGUGGAUUUUGACCAUCAUCUUGGGAGAUGUGUUAUAAUGUUCGGCAUUCCUUUUGUUUACACACAAAGCCGGAUUUUAAAGGUAAUUUUUUUUUUUGUUACAUUAGUUACAUACAUGUGUUUUUGAAUCAAUUCUAAUUUGU